UUUUCGUGAACGCGCGUCAGGCAGGAAUGGCGCCCUAAUUGUAGAUAAAUGCAAAUUACUUAUUAAUAUUGUAAGAAAACAGCGAAAAUGCAUAUAAAACAGGUGAUAAUUCAGGGUUUUAAGAGUUAUCGCGAGCAAAUCGUUGUGGAGCCCUUCGACAAACGGCAUAAUGUCGUAGUUGGACGUAACGGUUCUGGGAAAAGCAACUUUUUUCACGCCAUCCAGUUUGUGCUGAGCGAUGAGUUCUCACAUCUCCGACCGGAGCAGCGGUUGGCUCUGCUUCAUGAAGGCACUGGGCCGAGAGUCAUCUCUGCCUUUGUGGAAAUUAUCUUUGACAAUUCAGACAACAGGAUACCAAUUGAGAAAGAUGAGAUCUUCCUCCGCCGCGUUAUCGGGUCGAAGAAGGAUCAGUUCUUCCUCAAUAAGAAGGUCGUGCCGCGGUCAGAGGUGCUCAACCUGCUGGAGAGCGCUGGCCUGUCCAACUCUAACCCUUACUACAUUGUCAAACAAGGAAAGAUCAACCAAAUGGCCAUCGCCCCAGAUUCCCACCGACUGAAGCUGCUCCGAGAAGUCGCCGGAACUAGGGUCUAUGACGAGCGCAGAGAGGAAUCUGUGACUAUACUUAAAGAAACCGUUGGAAAGGUGGAGAAGAUAAACGAGUUCCUCCAAACAAUAGAAGAGCGUCUGAAGACCCUGGAGGAGGAAAAGGAGGAGUUGAAGGAAUAUCAGAAGUGGGAUCGCUCUCGUCGAGUCCUCGAGUUCAUAAUACAUGACACCGAGCAUCGUGAGAAUAAGAGGAAACUUGAGGAGUUGGAGAAAAUACGUGCCAACAGUGGCAAAGAGCAACAACACUACGCGGACAUGGUCAGAGAGGCCCAAGACCACGUGAGAGAAGCGAGCAGGAAACUGAAAGAGGCGCGCAAAGACGUGGCGUCGGCGCGAGAGGAGAAGGACAUUCUGUCCACGGAACAGCAGCAGUUACUGCGGGAGAAGACCAAACUGGAGCUCGGCAUCAAAGAUCUGAGCGAUGACGUCGAUGGUGACAAUAAAUCUAAGGAACGCGCUGAGGCCGAAUUAAAACGUCUAAGACAACAAAUAUCAGAGAAGGAGCGUGAGCUAGAAGCCCUAAAACCUAAAUACGAGGAGAUGAAGGCUCGGGAAGAGGAAUGCACCAGAGCCUUAGCGCUCAACCAGCAGAAGAGACAGGAGUUGUACGCGAAGCAGGGGCGAGGCACGCAGUUCACCUCCAAGCAAGACAGGGAUAGAUGGAUCGAGAAGGAACUUAAGUCUCUAAGCAAACAACUGAAAGACAAGAAAGACCACGAGAACAAGCUCCGCGAGGAUCUCCGCCACGACGGGGUCAAGCUCACGGACCUCGAGAAGAAGAUAGAAGAGACCACGAAGGAGAUGGAGCGACAGCGGAUCGCUAUUGAUGAACAUAAUAAACAGUAUUAUGAGUGUAAGAAAAGGAAGGACCAAGAGCAAAGCGCUAGGAAUGAACUGUGGCGUAAGGAAACUACUCUGACGCAGAAUCUGUCAUCGCUGAAGGAGGAUUUGGCUAAGGCUGAUCAGGCUCUGCGUUCCAUGGCCGGAAAGCCUAUUCUAAACGGGCGGGACAGUGUCCGCAAAGUGCUCGAAACAUUCCAGCAGCGAGGCGGGGAGUGGGCCAAAAUAGCCACCCAGUACUUCGGGCCCGUCAUCGAGAACUUCACGUGCGACAAGACCAUUUAUACUGCUGUUGAGGUCACAGCAGGUAACAGACUGUUCCAUCACAUAGUGGAAUCUGACACUGUGGGGACCAAGAUCCUAAAGGAGAUGAAUCGUCAGAGCUUACCGGGGGAGGUCACCUUCAUGCCCCUCAACAGAUUGCAAGUUCGAGACAUGGUCUAUCCUAACGACAAUAACGCCAUAGCCAUGGUGCAGAAGCUGAAGUACGACCCGAAGUACGCGAAGGCGAUGAAGUACAUAUUCGGCAAGACGCUCAUCUGCAGGAACUUGGAGUGCGCCACUGAGCUGGGCAAGCAGUUCCAUCUCGACUGCGUCACCUUAGAGGGUGAUCAGGUAUCAUCAAAAGGCUCCCUCACCGGAGGCUACUUCAACCAAUCCCGCUCCCGUCUCGAGAUGCAGAAGACCCGCUCCGAGCUGAUGGAACAGAUCACGUCUCUGGAACAAGAGCUGAGCACGCUCAGACAGGAGCUGAACAAGACUGAGGCCAGCAUUAAUAGCAUCGUGUCCGAGAUGCAGAGGACAGAGACCAAGCAGGGGAAGGCCAAAGACAUAUUCGACAAAGUGAAAGCGGACAUCCGACUGAUGAAAGAAGAAUUAGCGUCUAUAGAGAGAUCCCGCGGUCCUAAGGAGCGUUCGCUGGCUCAGUGCCGCUCCAGUCUCGAGGCCAUGCAGGCCACUAAGGAGGGACUCGAAUCUGAGCUUCAUCAGGAACUAAUGGAACAACUGUCGACGCAAGACCAGGGUAAAGUGGACGAGUUGAACGACGCCAUCCGCCGACUAACUCAGGAGAACAAGGAGGCGUUCAGCGCUAGGAUGAACCUGGAGGCCACAAAGAACAAACUAGAAAAUUUGCUCACAAACAAUUUGAUCAGACGUAAAGACGAGCUGGUCCAAGCUCUCCAAGAGAUAUCCGUCGAGGACCGCAAACGGCGCCUCGCCAACAGCGAGUCAGAUCUCGCAGCCGCCGAGAAGCGGAUCAAACAGAUCAAUAAGGAGAUGGAAGAGGUCGAGAGAAAGGUUCAGGCUGCGGUCAAGAAUGAGAAGGGAUUGAAACUUGAGCUGGACAAGUGGAGGAAUAAGGAAAAAGAAGCUCAGGACAAAAUGGAAGAAGACGCCAAAGGGCUCGAGAAAAUGGCAUCAAAGGAAGUCCUACUGCAAGAGAAAAUACAAGAAUCUCUCGACAAAAUCGCUGCACUAGGAACUCUGCCCAACGCGCCCGAACUCCAUGCCAAGUAUCAGAAGAUGUCGCUGAAACAGCUGUUCAAAGAGCUGGACAAAGCCAACCAGCACCUCAAGAAAUACAACCACGUGAACAAGAAGGCCUUGGACCAGUUCAUCAGCUUCUCCGAGCAGAAGGAGAAGCUAUACAAACGGAAAGAGGAACUGGAUAUUGGCGGCGAAAAAAUCCGUGAGCUCAUCGAAACGCUAGAGCACAGGAAACUCGAAGCCAUACAGUUCACGUUCAAGCAAGUCAGCAAGAACUUCACAGAGGUGUUCAAGAAGUUGGUGCCGCAGGGGAGAGGCAGUCUCAUCAUGCGCGUAGCCACUGACGAUGGUCAGGAGCUUAACCCUGACAGGGCGAACGCCGACCAAUUCACUGGCGUGGGCAUCAAAGUAUCCUUCACCGGCGGGGAGGGCGACAUGCGAGAGAUGAACCAACUCUCCGGAGGACAGAAGUCACUAGUAGCGUUAGCUCUCAUCUUCGCUAUUCAGAAGUGCGACCCCGCACCGUUCUACUUGUUCGACGAAAUUGAUCAGGCUCUGGACGCGCAGCACCGCAAAGCGAUCGCGAACAUGAUCCACGAGCUGUCGGACUCGGCGCAGUUCAUCACGACCACCUUCAGGCCGGAGCUGCUCGAACACGCGCACAAGUUCUACGGCGUCAAGUUCAGAAAUAAGGUAUCCCACGUGGACUGUGUUACUCAGGAUGAAGCGCGUGACUUCGUGGAAGACAGCGUCACACACGCCUGAACAAUCAUUUCAGUAAGAUAUUCUGUAUCAAUCUACAGAUGUAUCAUUAUAUUAGUCGAAUAUUAUUAGUGUGUUGUCAUGGCAACCUAUACGAUUUGACAGUUCGUGGACUAAUAAUAUUAGUCAAAUACCGUUAGAGAAAUGUGCCCCAGCCACCACCACCAUCAUACCACCAUUUAACUACGGUUGGUUAGGCAGUAGCGCGGUGGUUUUCUAAUUGUCAGUAGAAACUUUAUAAUUUUCGAAUUGAUUGAAAAAUCAGAGUUAAUCUGUGAUUUCCAGAAAAAAUUAAAUACCGCUUCUAGGAAGAACAAUUACGCGCACUUUCAGUUUUUUGUCGUCGCGUUUAUGACAAAGUAUAUUGAAAUGAUUCACAAAAUCACAAUCUUCACAGAUGAAAGGAAUAAAAUGCAUGUAUGAUGUGCUGUACUAGCCUAUACCUGGGUCGCCUUUUAUAAAGGGACUUUGUCCUGUAAUCUCUGUUUGUGUAUUUUAGUAACAAUCAUAUUUGUUAAAGUUAAUUUUAACUUUAUAAAUAGUGACCUGCGGCGGUAGCUCGGUCACAUUUUUAUCGCUUGUCACCAUGCCUGUUACGUUCUAACAAGUAUGUAAGUGCGAAAGUGACGGGCAUAAAAUGACAGGCGAAAAAAAUAGAACCAUGCUGCGUCCUAGGAUCCCCUGGAUCUAGGUUAAUGUUAGUCUUGAAUGUUAUCAUUUAAAACGUUAAUAGUAAAGUUAGUGAUUAAAAGCUGAUUUAAUAUAAAUUAUUUUCUGUAACAGGUGCGUGUUUUGUUAGAUGUUUGCUCAGCUGGUUGGGCAUUGUGACUCGGUUAUUAUGAAUGUGUUUUAUAUAAGUACUUCAUUGUUUUAUGGCACAAGGUUUUCUUGAAAUUUUUACAUAAACAGUGCAGGGCCACAAAAAUAUAACUGCCUCUGUCUUUAUGUAAAAGCAACGUGUUAUUAUGGGAGUUGACGUUAUACAAUGUCAGUCUUACACGACUUCAUAGACGAGAGCCACUUUUAAAGUUUAUUUUCGACACAACCUAGGUAUAUUUAGUCGGACUAAUUAAAGAAAAUAAAUUCAAAUUUGGACCUUAUCUCAUAAAAAAAAUGUGACAGUCUCGCAUUUUAAGAAGAGUCGAAUGAAAAUAAUUACAAGUAAAGAAGUAUGGACAAAGGAGUUCGAAAUUUAUAAUUGUGCUGACAGUUUCAUGUCUCCACGCACAUAACAACUCGUACUCUGAAUAAAGAAAUAUAAUUAUUAGUCCGAGUUCUGACUCCCCUGAGUACUUAUGGACUCAAAUUAUGUUUUCUAAUUUUUGACCAUUUAAUUUUAAAAUACGAGUCUAUUGUAGGCACUAAAUAGUUGACCAUUGAUCCAAGUUUUUUAAUCGUAAUAUUUUAUUUUGAUUUAAUUUAAAUGCUUAUGAUAGACAUGUUUUAGAGGUAUUUUUUUGUAAUUAAGGGUUAUAUUUUUGGCAAGUCUGCAGAAGUUUUAAAAUUUCAUUGGUCUUUGUUUAUUAAAAAAAUACCAAUUCUGUAAACUUGUCAAAAUAAUGGUACCCUCAAGUUAUCAUAUGACAUCGCAGACCCUCAGUGGUAUUGAAAUAAAUCUAUUGUCGACGUUAGAAUAAAUAAGUUAAAAGUAAAAAAAUACAUUUCUAUUUUUAAAAAGU